CGAGACCUUUGUCGAUUUAGUUGUCGUUUAGUGUUGAAAACGUGAACAAUUUUUUAUUGUCAAGAAUACGGCCAGGAAGACUGAAGAAUUACCGGUUCUUAUUUGUUACAAAGACACAAAGAGACAAACCUAACUGGUCGUCAAAAUGGCCAAAAUACUAUUUUUAAUUGUGAGCUGGAUUGUAAUUCUUGGUUGUGCAAAAGCAGAAAUAGACGUGCAAAAAUUGUUUCACGUCAAUCCACCAAAUCUGUCGCCAACCGAAUCAUCACAAGAAUCGAACACUGAGGUAGUCGAUGAUUUUUUUGUGCCAUAUCGUGAACCUCGACACGACGAAUUCGAUUACAGUUUAACAAAGAAAGUGUUGUUUGCAGGUGAACAAAAGAAUACCGUUGUGUCGCCAUUUUUAGUCAAAUUGUUGCUAUCAAUGUUAGCUGAAGCAGCCGGACAAGACACAAUUACACAUCGCGAAUUGUUAACAGUUUUGCCAAGCAUUCGUACUGAAAACCAAACCCGUGAGCUAUAUGCUCGUGCAUUUGGCUCGCUAUUGAAAGAGAGUACCGACUACCAAUUGAAUUUGGGUGCCAGGUUAUUUGUUGACGACUUUAUUCACCCAAACCAAAAAUUCUCAGCAAUUAUUAAGGCAAUCUAUCAUUCUGAUGUGGAACGACUCAACUUUGAUAGGUCUGAAGAAGCCGCUAAUAUUAUUAAUGCUUGGUGUGCCAACGCAACAAAGAAUCACAUCACUGACAUUGUGUCUUCUGGCGAUGUUGCACGGGCUGUGAUGUUGUUGAUAAAUACAAUUUACUUUAAUGGAUAUUGGAGUAAACCAUUUGCUGAAAAUGAAACUGUCCAACAAAAUUUCUUGAUUGACGCAAAAACUUCGGUGCCAGUGAGUUUUAUGACCAAGACCGAUGAUUUCUAUUAUUCUGAAUCACCUGAUUUGGAAGCACAAGUUUUACGUUUGCCAUAUAAAGGCAAUAAAUUCGCCAUGUAUAUCGUUUUGCCAUACAAAGACGAUGGAUUAAAUGAGCUCAUAUCGAAGAUAGACAGCAUUCAUCGUGCCCAAUUCCUAAUGGAAAAGGUCGAGGUUAAAGUGUCAUUACCGAAAUUCAAAUUUACCAACACUGUCAAACUAAACGAGAUUUUAAAGGCUCUUGGAAUUAGUAAAAUGUUCACAUAUCAAGCGUCGUUCGGCCAACUCGUUCGAGGAACUGCUGUACAAGAUCGCUUACAAGUGUCAAGUGUUUUACAAAAGACUGGCAUUGAAAUUAACGAAAAAGGAAGCACCGCAUAUGCAGCUACUGUUGUUUCACUGGUCAAUAAAUUCGGUGCAACCAUUGAAUUCAACGCCAACCGUCUAUUUUUGUUUUUAAUCGAAGAUGAAACUACUGGCACUUUAAUUUUCUCAGGAAAAAUCAUGAACCCGAAAAUCCAAUAAUAAUUUCUACAUAUUUUUAAGAUUAACAAUACUCAACGAAUAAUAGAACUAUUGAAUAAAUAAAAUUGUUGAGAAUUUUCAUUGUUCUUAUCAUAAAUCAGUGUCAAUGAGCCGUUUAAUGAGCGGCUUAAUUAAUUUUACUUACAAUUUUGACUAUAUCCAAUUCAGACUUCAAACAAAAAAGAAACAACAACUUUUAUUAUUGUAUACAUUCCAAAUAAUGUUCUUCAAAAUGUUAUUGACAUAUUCUAAUAAAAUCUUUACAAUAAAAGAGAUUCAUCGAAAUUCCUGCGCAAUA